CGACACAGGAAGAGGGGAAGGAAAGGGAGGAUGAAGGGAUGAGGAGUGUGUGUCAAACAUUCACACACACGGUGGCUGUGAUCAGAGCAUCUCAGACGCAGCUGAACCGGGCGACACUGGACCUGGACAACAUGAUCAUUCCCUUUGCGACAGUGUCAGGACCUAACCAAUGGAACAUUAUGGUCAAUGACUCACAGGUCCUAAUGAACAGUCACAGAGAAGCAGCGGACCACAUUGAGGCCAUAGCCAGCAGGGCGGUAAGAGCCUCAAAGCAGACCUUCCGCCUCCUGAUGGAUCUACUGUUGGACAACUCCACAGAGGAGUACAUCAGGAACCUAACAGAGCAACACUCACAGCUCGCGGGGGUAACCCUGACCUCCGCUUUCAUCUCCAGCGCUGCCGCCGGCCCCCCCGCCCCAUGGGUAGAAUACUGCUCCUGUCCUCUGGGAUUUGCAGGCCAAUUUUGUGAACAGUGCGCCCCGGGAUUCACCAGGGAAGAGGCUGGCAGAGGGCCGCUCUCAGCGUGUGUGCCAUGCAACUGCCACCAUCAUGGAACAUGUCAUCCAGAGACCGGUGUGUGUGAGUGUUCAGACUUCACUACCGGACGGACCUGUGAGCAAUGCCUGGACGGUUACUAUGGCAACGCUUUGAUUGGCACUCGCAGUGAUUGUCAGCCUUGCCCUUGCCCAGACCGGACCAGCUGUGCUCAAAUUGCACAGACAGGACAGGUGGUCUGCACCGAUUGCCCCACUGGACAGACAGGUAUCCGCUGCCAGAUGUGUGAAGAUAGUUACUAUGGUGACCCCCUCGGACAAUCUGGGGUAGUUCGGCCGUGUGAGAGAUGCGACUGCAACGGUAACGUGGACUUCAACGCAUUGGGAGUUUGUGACCACAUUACUGGGAGAUGUCUGAAAUGCCUGGGGCACACAGAGGGCGAGCGCUGCCAGCGUUGCCGGCAGGGUUUCUAUGGUGAUGCCCUGAACCAGACAGCUGCUCAGAAGUGCAAACCGUGCAACUGCAACCCCAGCGGCACUUUUGGACGUCUCGACGAAUGCCACCCUCAUGACGGAAGCUGCCGGUGCCUGGGUCAUGUGACUGGACGUGACUGCAGUACCUGUGAAGUCGGCUUCUUCAACCUGCAACCAGGUGUAGGAUGUGAGAGGUGCAAGUGUAAUCCCAUUGGCUCAUCAUCUAGUGCGUGUCAUCCAAUCACAGGCCAGUGCAUAUGUCGUGCAGGAGUGGAGGGGAGACUGUGCGAGUCUUGCCGUGCGGGCUUCUUUGGAUUCUCCUCACGUGGUUGCAGAGCUUGUAACUGUGACCCGAUGGGCUCCAUAUCCAUGCAGUGUCACGGUAACGGUACCUGCCACUGUCGCCCGGGCUUUGUGGGUUACAAGUGUGACAAAUGUGAGCUGAACUACUUCCACGACCGAAACACACACCAGUGCGAAGAAUGUCCCGUUUGCUAUGGUCUUGUCAAAAAGCAGGCAGAAAAGCUGAGGACUCGUCUGCAGGAUUUGGAGAAGCUCCUGGCUCACUUUGAUUGCCGAGGAAGAUUUGGGAAGCAACCCCACCUGCUGAAGUAUCACAUGGGCAGGCUUUACGGACAUGAGCACCAGGGGGAAGAUACUCUACCCAAUGCUCUGGAGGAUUUUCUAGCUUUCCAAGAAGCACGGGAGGCCUUCAUAAAACAAUUUUCCUCGCUGGAAGCUUCUACACGUGCACUCUUAGCCCAGCUGCACGCCGUCGCAGCCGCUUUGAACUGCAGCAUCAGCAUCACGACACAGGAAGAGGGGAAGGAAAGGGAGGAUGAAGGGAUGAGGAGUGUGUGUCAAACAUUCACACACACGGUGGCUGUGAUCAGAGCAUCUCAGACGCAGCUGAACCGGGCGACACUGGACCUGGACAACAUGAUCAUUCCCUUUGCGACAGUGUCAGGACCUAACCAAUGGAACAUUAUGGUCAAUGACUCACAGGUCCUAAUGAACAGUCACAGAGAAGCAGCGGACCACAUUGAGGCCAUAGCCAGCAGGGCGGUAAGAGCCUCAAAGCAGACCUUCCGCCUCCUGAUGGAUCUACUGUUGGACAACUCCACAGAGGAGUACAUCAGGAACCUAACAGAGCAAGUGACUGAAAUUCAGUGGCGGAAGGAGAAUCUGACGGCGCAGGUGAAUGAAACGGUAGCCAAACAGCAGGUCCUGGAGGAGGAAGCUGCUGGUUUCAGUGCUGCCCUGGGUAACCUCACAUCAUCCUUACAUCAGCUGGCACCGACAGCUGUCAGCCCAUCGUCAGGACCCGACCAAGCUCAUCAAACCAACCAGACAACAGAGUGGGGCAGAGAGCUGCAGAAGAAGAUAGACGAAAUGGGCCAGCACACUGAGACCAAAGACAGCCUCAUCAGUAAGAUCAGAGAGGAGAUGGAGCCUCAAAUGCAGACUGCUAAUAAGAAACUGGAAACGGUGGAUGAGGUGACUCAGUCAGUCCAGGAGCUGAAAGCUCGUGCACAAGGGGCAACGGUUAUGGCUUUGUCAUCAGUGGUGGCAGGAAAAGAGGUGGAAUCAGACGCCAUCGCUCUGCACAGAAGACUAGAAUACAUGGUGAGGGAUUGGCCCCGUCAGCAGAGCCAAACCAAGGCGGCCAUGAAAAAGGAGAAACCUCUGGGGGAGAAGGUUCUAGCUGAUGUGAGGAAGAAGGUCUCACAGGUGGAGGAGAUGCUGAAACCAGCGGUGGAAAACUCCAGCCUGUCCACCAACACCAGCGCAGAGGCCCAACAAACCGCACAGACGGGGGCAAAGGAAUCCAAAGUCAUCCUGACCCAGGCUAAGCACACCAGGACUGCAUCGGCCCAUCUCCGCUCCCAUAUAGACUCUGUUGUACAACAGUUGGCUGAGCAGGAGAUGUUAAGUCACAAGACAAAAUCCCAGUUUGCCGCCGAGCCUGAGGUGUCCCUGAGCGACGUAAAAGAAGACGUGGAAGCGGCCAAGCUCCAGUUAGAGGCCUAUUCUGCUACGCUAACUGAGUUAAUCAGUAAGAUUGAUGGGGCCGUGCCUCUGGACCGCUUCGACCGCAUCUUGAACGAGACGGCGCGGCGUCUCCACAUGCUUCGUGGGAGCGUGGAGAACCCGGCUCUAGGCUUGAAGAUCCAGAAGCUGCAUUCGGCCGCUAAGGACCAACAAAACCGGCUUUCCAGCAUCGAACAGGACAUACACGAGAUCAGCGAGGAGAGAGACAGUCUCAGGGACAUUGCCUUAAACUUGCCUCAGUCCUGCCCGCAGGCCACCGGCACAGGAAAGGGCUAAACACUGAAGAUGACGGGGGCUGAAGCACCGAUAUAACAACUGAAAAAUCUGAAGCACUGCAAGAUUUUUAUAAUAAAAGGGAUUGGGACAUUUGAUUCAUUUUGUCUGACAAUAAACCGCUGAUAUCCUGCCACAUGCUGUCCUCCGUUUAACCCUUUAACCCCUGAGAUUAUUUCAAUGAAACGGCCUGCUGUGAAUUUGUGUCUGUACAGGGUGGAAAAACAGAAAAAGAAUACAAAAAAACAAACAAAUAAGCCACUCAGAAUG